AUGUCGAAACAAACGUCAGUCAAACUUGUCCUUCUGGGAGAAGCCGCUGUGGGAAAGUCGUCGCUGGUUCUGCGGUUCGUUUCCAACGAUUUCCAGGAAAACAAAGAACCAACGAUCGGCGCAGCCUUCCUUACUCAAAGAUGCACCAUCGGAACCAAAACCAUCAAGUUUGAAAUCUGGGAUACCGCGGGACAAGAGAGAUUUGCCAAUCUGGCUCCAUUGUACUACAGAAACGCCCAGGCUGCCCUGGUGGUGUACGAUAUCACGAAACCGGCCAGUUUCAUUAAGGCCAGACACUGGGUUAAAGAACUACACGAACAAGCCUCAAAGAACAUUGUGAUUGCGUUGGUGGGUAACAAAUACGAUCUUUUGGUGGACCCGGAAACAGGAGACGAGAUCGAGGGUCGCAGAAGCGUGUCUGUGGAAGAAGGCCAGGCUUUGGCAGACGAAGAAGGUUUAUUAUUUUUCGAAACUAGUGCAAAAUCAGCUCUCAACGUCAACGAGGUGUUCACAGCAAUUGGAAAACAAAUACCUGAAGAGGCCGCAAAACCAGCAGACCAACCAUCCUCCUCAGGAAGAAUAGACCUCAACGCCCCUACUGACGAAACGGGAGCUAUCGGAAACUGUGCUUGCUAA